CUUGCCGAGCUACGUCCUGCGUCAUGACUAAUUGCACUGAUUCCUUUGUUGCAUUCCAUUUUGCUUGCUAUGUCCUGUGGCAAAAUAGACCUGAAACCUUGUCUACUUGCUUGCAGUUCUGAAGUUUGAGAGUUGUUUAAGAAACAAAAACUUGUUUAACAAAUUUUACACUCAUUAUUUCAGGAUGGACAACCAAUUCAACACCCAAGAGUGGUCGCUCCCUAUGUCCUCAACCAUGAAGGAACUUGAGAAGUACAACCUUACCGGUGCAUUUACUGGAUCAAUGCAUAACAUGGGUGUACCAAUUCAGCCUGUGUGCCCUGCUGUUACUGCAUCGUGUCAUCAUCGUCCUACUGAGGACCCGGAGGUUCAAGAAGUCGACAGGAGUCAAGUCUCAAACAAUAAGUGCAAGAAGAAGGUUGCCCAGCGAGGAAGGUCAUUCACCAAGGAGGAAGAUAGAGCAAUUUGCUCAGCGUUUCUGCAUGUUAGCACGGAUGCUAUUAUAGGUAAGUUGUGGCCCAUAACUUAA